AUGCCAGAGAUCACCGCCAAGAUCACCCAGAUCCUCUCCAACCUCAUCCUCGAGACGGCGGUGAAUGACCGUCUCGAGUUGACCCCGGAGCUCGAUUUGCUCGCAAACACACAGUUCGCUACCUCCGCCGACACCGAACUCGUCCGCAUCGCCUCGCUCCACGCGUCCGUCGUGUUCCUGUCCGCGCUCGACCUCGCACAGCAGGCACAAGUGCUCUCAGUUAUGUAUCCAAUGCUGAACACUGUCCCGUCACUUCCACACGCGCGCCUCCCGCUGUUCCUCCUCGUCGUCACCGAGCUCGCCGCGUCUAACCCACAUCUCUUCUGCCCACACAUCCUCGCCCAUCGCCUUCCUCCCCUCGCUGCUCCUACCAGUUGUCGAUCGUCACAGGGCGAGAACGGGGACGACAAGGCGGUGAGCGGGGAAGACAACGAGGUACACAAGGGCGCGCUGGAGUUCAUGACGACGCUGAGCGAGGCACGGCCAAAUAUGCUGCGCGGCAUUGAGGGCUGGGUGAACAUCGUCGUUUGCGGGUGUCUCGAGGGUACGGGUGAGAUCCCCGAGGACAACCUGGACAAGUGGCUGGAAGCGAAUGGCAGCACGCGCAGGGAGAAGACGCAGGGCAUGAGGUCCAGCCUGCCGCACGCGACGUGGAGACGUCUUUAG